GGGCGUGGUCUGGGCGGGGCUUACAGAACGAAGCGCGGUGGCGGCGAGCGGCUCGGUGCUUUGGCUGAUCUUGCUGCUUCUCUCAUCGGAUUGGGAUUCGCCUCGAAAUCCGGUGCAAAAUGUCCGACGACGAACAGCAAGAGCAGACCAUUGCCGAGGACUUGGUUGUAACCAAGUAUAAGAUGGGCGGUGAUAUUGCUAACCAGGCCCUGCGUGUGGUCAUUGAGGCAGCCAAGCCUGGUGUGUCUGUCCUCAGUCUGUGUGAGAAAGGAGACGCUUACAUCAUAGCAGAGACUGGGAAGGUCUUCAAGAAGGAGAAGGACAUGAAGAAAGGCAUUGCGUUCCCCACCAGCGUUUCAGUCAAUAACUGUGUAUGCCACUUCUCUCCCUUGAAGAGCGACCCUGACUACACGUUUAAAGACGGAGACUUGGUCAAAAUUGACCUGGGUGUACAUGUCGAUGGAUUCAUCUCUAAUGUGGCCCAUAGCUUUGUCAUUGGGGCCAGUAAGGAAACACUCGUGACAGGCAGGAAAGCCGAUGUCGUUAAAGCUGCCUACUUGUGUGCAGAAGCAGCACUGCGUCUUGUAAAACCUGGCAACCAAAAUGCACAGGUGACUGAGGCAUGGAACAAGAUCGCCCAUUCUUUCAAAUGCAAUCCCAUUGAAGGUAUGCUGUCCCACCAGUUAAAGCAACACAUUAUUGAUGGAGAGAAGACAAUCAUUCAAAACCCCACAGAUCAGCAAAAAAAGGACCACGAGAAGGUGGAAUUUGAGGUCCAUGAGGUGUAUGCUGUGGAUGUACUGAUCAGUACAGGGGAAGGGAAGACCAGAGAUGGAGGACAAAGGACCACCAUCUACAAGCGGGACCCCAAUAAACAGUAUGGGCUGAAAAUGAAAACCUCAAGAAUUUUCUUCAGUGAGGUGGAGAGACGCUUUGACGCCAUGCCCUUCACUCUCAGGGCAUUUGAAGAUGAGGGGAAGGCCCGUUUGGGAGUGGUUGAGUGUGCCAAACAUGAGCUACUACAGCCCUUCAGCGUACUCAGUGAAAAAGAGGGGGAGUUUGUGGCCCAGUUUAAGUUCACAGUAUUGCUGAUGGCCAACGGGCCUUUGAGAAUCACCAGUGGGCCGUUUGAGCCUGAGCUCUACAAAUCUGAGUAUGACGUUCAAGAUCCUGAGCUGAAGUCUCUAAUACAGAGCUCUGCAAGUCGUAAAGCACAGAAGAAGAAGAAAAAGAAGGCUUCCAAGAAUGCAGAAAACGCUACAGGGCAGAAAGCAGAGAAUGAAGUUGCAGCUGAAUAGUUACCUGACACUCCUAAAAACAAUACAUAUUCUCUUAGACACGCAGAUUUCUAACUCCUAGAAAUUUGAAACCUAAAUUUUCCAUUAAACUGUUUUCCAUUGAAACCUGUGACAAAAAGCCAUCUAUUGGGAAAUAGAAGAAAUUGAAACUCAUUGGUCUGAGAGAAAAUGAGUUUGUACUGCUUUGUACUGAUCUAUUGGCACUUAUUCUUUUUAAAGCACUUAGUUUACACUGAACUGAAACAACACACCUUUUGGAAAUUAAGUUAAUUAAAAAUCACAGUUCUUUUGUAGUAUUAAGGUUUCCGCUGUGUCGAUCUUAAUCUAAUAAAUAUUUGGCAUUGUAGCUGAAUUGAAUCUGCUAGGAAAAUGUGGAGGGAGGCUUGUUUAAGUAGCUUAAACAAUUUGUAAUAUUUCCAAAACCUUGUGAUUCUCAGGGCUGAGAUGUUUUUUUUUUUUGGGUACACAGGGUUAUUCUGCAGUCACAUUUGUUAUGGAAUGGGGACAUUUUUAACUUAGUAAAUGCUAUAACUGUUUCCCCUCUACUCUGACAGUGUGGGCUUUAAACCAGAAGACAUUUCCUCAUCAAUCUCUUUAGCUUCACCUUUCAUGAAACAUUCAUGUCUUUGUCUCAUUUAAAGCUUCUACUGAAUCAUUACAUUAGUCCCAGUAAAUUAAGGAAACUUUAUGGAAAACAGGAAUAAACUGCUUCUAAUCCUCUUUCAUAGGCCCCAUUUUGCAUGUGUACAUGCAUCCACACACACAAUGCCUGCUGGGUAAAAGUGUAAGUAAUCUAUUGAGGGAGAUGUUUUGAUGAAGAGCAUGCAAAUGUGGUCCAUAGUCAGACUAAAGCAGUGAGGAGGCUCUAAAUUUGAUUUGCCUCAAUUAACAUAUUCGUGUGAAAUUGUAUGAUAAUUCGUCUCAAAGACAGCGUUGGUCAAGGACCAGUUUUGCCCAGUCUCAAAUGCAAAAAAGUAUUUAAUACAUAGUAGUAAAAUGUAAAUAAAUAAAUAAAACAAACAGAACCUCUAUUCAAAGCCAUUGCCGGUUGAUCCUGUGCUGCAACAUUCAAAUGACUUCAUUUGCAUUGGUGAAGUAGCCGUGCUGUGGGUCAGAUUUGGCGGAUUGAUGCAUGACUGGACUGGGCAGAAGGGGUCCACUGUGGUGUAAUGUGACUGUGUUGAACUUGUCAUUGACUUCACUCUGACUCUGUUUGUCUGGGAUAUGUCCAGACUGACACUGUUCUGUUUUCUAGGAGGAACCAGUAUAUGGGACUAUUUUACAUCUAAUGAAAUAAAACAAGACUUUGAAUAUA